AUGCCCGUCGCUACUCAAGCUACUCUGAAAGGUGUAACGGUGGAGCAGUUGGAAUCCCUCGAUGUGGAAAUUAUUCUUGGAAACACGUACCAUUUGGGUCUAAGACCAGGGGAAGAUAUACUUAAUGAGAUAACACGGCGUAAGAAUGCAAAUUCCUCUACGGAUUCCCGAAACACCUCAAAGCGAGUUCGGGAUAACAUGGAUGGGAUUCAUUUUCUUCAGGGUUGGAAGCGAAAUAUUCUUACCGACAGCGGGGGGUUUCAGAUGGUGAGUCUCCUUCGACUGGCUAACAUUACGGAGGAAGGUGUGCGAUUUCAGUCCACACAUGGUGGUGGCGGUGGGAAGAUAGUGGUCGACGAUAACGAGGCGAAGACCUCCGUUGCCUCUGCUGAGGUGCCAGAUGAUGGUGAAUAUAGUUUGUUACUUAAGCCUGAAGAUAGUAUUCGCAUUCAAAACGCUAUCGGUGGUGACAUUAUGAUGCAACUCGACGAUGUUGUGCACGUGCUCACAACUGGACCGCGCGUGGAGGAGGCUAUGAGGCGCACGAUACGAUGGUUAGAUCGCAGUCUGGCGGCAAAUGCAAAUCCAGAAAAACAGGGAAUAUUUGGCAUCGUGCAAGGUGGGCUGGACUCAGGGUUGAGAAGUAUUUGCAUGGAGGAGAUGGUCAAACGUAAAGCGUGCAAAGGUUAUGCUAUUGGUGGUUUGAGUGGUGGUGAAGCAAAGGAGCAGUUUUGGGCAAUUGUUGCUCAGUGCUGUAAAACUUUGCCUAAUGACAAACCACGGUACUGUAUGGGUGUAGGAUAUCCAGAGGAUAUUAUAGUUUGUAUAGCGUUGGGCGUCGAUAUGUUUGAUUGUGUUUAUGCGUGCCGCACUGCAAGGUUUGGGUCGGCACUAACAUCUCGAGGAAAAAUCCAAGUGUCCAAAAAAGUUUAUGCAAACGAUAUGGGACCACUAGACCCUGAGUGCAACUGUAUGACAUGCAAAACCUUUACUCGCGCUUACUUGCACAUUGUUGCAGCGAAGGAAUCUAUUGGGGCUACACUCCUAUCGUACCAUAACUUGGCGUACCUCAUCAAUCUAACACGCGGUGCACGGGAGGCGAUUCUUAGUGGUACAUUUGUCGAAUACGUACAGAAGUUUUUUUUAGGAUAUUACCCGGCACGGGAUUACCCAAAGUGGAUUGUUGAUGCACUUGCUUCUGUCAGUGUUGAGCUCCCCCGCUGA